AUGACUUAUUGGGACAAUUGUCAAUUUCUAUUGUUAUGGUACUAUAGCGACAUCUAUGUAUACUUGUGCAAGAGCAAAAAGGCUUCGAAGAAAGUUUCACCACCAGGUGACGUAUCCAGGGAGGGGGAGGUUCGACGUCGUUUGGUUAAGGGCAAACGUCCUGCACCAAGACCUUCAGCAGGCAAUGACGAGUUGGGCGAGGCAGGCACGGAGUUUACGCGGAUUCUACGUCGUUUGGUGGCAAGUAAGCCACCUCCACAGAGGCCUUCAGGAGACAGUGACGGAUCAGGCGUAGGUGGUGCAACCGAAAGUCCCCAUGCACGCCCUGUUGCUACUGCAAAGGCACUGGGAAAGAAACGCGCCGAUCCCGCUGGCGAAGAAAAGCGAGGCCGUUACUCAGCUCACGAGUUAGAUCAAGUCAAAGAGCUGUCCGACACCAUUGUCGCGUACUGCAAGGACAUGGGCCGUACACCCGAAUCCGUCCUAUGCAAAGGGGGCUUCAAUGUUUCCCUUGCUCGUCAGCCAUCCUGGUGGGACGUAUGGCAGAUGUACUUGCGUAUUCAGACUUACAAUCCACAAUCAAGUGCCAAUCUAGGCUCGUGGUCAGCCCAGGCUGCCGUGAUGUACAAGCAGCUCAACGAGUCGUUGUCAGGGGACGAGCUGGAGGAGUUCCAGCAGAAUAUGCUCGUCGAGUUGGCACAGAGCAAGUCAGAGACGGAGGGGCACGAAUUCAAGAUGACGAAAACGGCGCUGAAGCAAGUGCAAGAUCUUGCUAUAGCGUUGGGAAGGGCAGGCGUGGACUUGAUUGGGGUCAUCAUACCUCGAGAUCCUGUGGCAAACCAGGCCGCUACCGUUAUCACUGGCAAUGACAAGCUGCAACGCGUGAUCGAGCAUUGUCAAGCAGACGUUAAGAAGACGCUUCAUCUUUUAACAACUCUCCUUCGGGGAAUGGAUUCUAACUUCAUUGUACCCGAAUCCGUGGACUUCUCGCAACUCCUGGGGGUUGAUUUCUCGAACGUGGUCACAGAUCCCAAUGGCUCAAGUGCAGUGCCGGACCCUCCGAUUGUCAAUCCCCCAGCGCACAGGAAGGCAUCCAAAUCUCUGGCAAAAAAAAGCGAAGUCCUCCAAAGGUGUGGCAAGCUCUACCGACCCCGAUUUAAACCUCCCCAUUACGGCCGUUCCUGCCUCUUAUUGGCUUUGCCGUCCCAUCGAAACACCUAG